AUGAGAAGGAGGAAGAAGAGGAGGAGGGAGAAGAGAAGAAAUUCCAUCCUUCCUUUGUCUAACUGGAGAUACUAUCUCCAACGUACUCUCUGUUUCUUCUAGCCUUGGAAAAAGGGAUUCUAAGUCCCUUCACCCAACCCCCCAAAAAACUCCCCACUAGUAAUUUGUCACGUGACUAGUGAUAGAUAAUAAAUGUUCUGAGGUGAUUACAAACUACAGUUGGUUUGAAGUUUCCUAAUGAAUGCAAGAAAAUGUCCACAACCUGAGUUAAUUUCCUUUCUGGGACUGAAUGUCGAUAUUUAUUUCAGAUCAAAGAGAAAGCUGAUGUCUUCAGCCCUUACUGUGCAUCAGGAGCUGUGCCAAGUUUGGGGCCUAGGUGAUCUCAUGGAUAGUCAUCAAAACCAUCAGGUGGCCUUUCCCCAUUUCAGAGGUGGGGCGGCUGGGGCUCACUGGACUCAAAUACCCUCCCACAGACCCCCCAGGGAGUUAGUGGUAGACCUGGGGUUUGAACUGACAUCUCCCUGGUUCCAGGGCCCAGGCUGUUCCACCGCAUCAGAAUGCACUCUUGUGACCAUGCUAAGCAGAAUCUAAUACUUGGUGGGUUCUCAACCUAUUUUAAACAAUGAGCCAUUAGUUCAUAGUAACAGGCCACUUCGGGUGUGUCGCAAGGAGACCGUAGGCUUUUGCAAGACCCACUGCCCAGCCUGCUCCCAUGCUCCCUCUGUCCCCAAGCCCCACGUUGAUGGUCAAGCUGAUGCUUGCUACCCAGAGGUAUUUCUCGAAAACCAUCACGCUUUUCCGUGCUCUCUGCCAGUGCCGUCUAGCACCUGGGCUUCAUUAUUCCCACCUUACCAUUUAUUUUUACACAGUCUGUAAGAAUUCCUCAAGCUCUUGGUUGGGCACAGUGCCCCAGGGAGAUCGCAAGAGGGGGACAGAGUGGCUUCUUCAGUUCCCAUCCGUUCGUGCCCCUAUGGUCAGUGCACGAACACACAGCACCCUUAUGACGUGUUUCCCCUUCGAGGCUGCCCUCGAUAACACAGCCAGCCUUGGACUGCCUGGAUUCCUGCAGCCUUCAAAUCAGAACCAAAAGGGAAUUCCGAGGUCAUCUACCCAACCCUUGAUCAUACCGGGAGGAAAACCAACCGAGGCCCAGAAUGGGUUGACAGUGUACCCAGGCAGACAGCUUGUCGGUCGGCAGCGGACCCCGGACCGGGAAGGCUUCAGGUCUCCCAGCUCACGGCUGUAGAGCUCCCUGCCGCCUGAUGAAGCAGGGGUCUUCCCCCUGCGUGCGGAGUGCUUACCUUGGGGCCCUUUUCAUGAAUGAGACCAGAUGCAGAACUCCACAUUGAUCAUUUCUGUCCCUCCCCUUUCUGCUUUCUGUUAAAGGCAGCCCCCCAGCUCCCAGCUGGCUCCUGUCCCCUCCCCCAGCCGGGAGAAGUUAUUACAUGAAGAGAUCAGCUUACCAGUUUUCUUCAGAGCAGAGGCUGAGCUCGGAGCUCCGGGUAGUACAGUGAGGGAGAGCAGAGGGAACCAGCGCAGUGCCUAGCGGAACUCCAGGGCUGGAAUCCCGAGACACAAGUGCAUCUGCUAGCUGUUAGCACUUGGCAGACGGAGUUCUCCUCUAGGGUGGUUCUAACUUUGGGUAAUAAUGUUUGUCAGCUACCUGAUAUUAACACUGCUCCACGUUCAAACAGCAGUGUUAGCAAGACCUGGGGGAGAGAGCAUUGGCUGUGACGACUACUUAGGCUCCGACAAAGUUGUGGACAAAUGCGGGGUGUGUGGAGGCGAUAACACAGGCUGUCAGGUUGUGUCAGGCGUGUUCAAGCAUGCCCUCACGAGCCUGGGCUACCACCGAGUUGUCGAGAUUCCCCAAGGAGCCACCAAAAUCAACAUCACCGAGAUGUACAAGAGCAACAACUAUUUGGCUUUGCGAAGUCGUUCUGGCCGCUCCAUCAUCAACGGGAACUGGGCAAUUGACCGGCCAGGAAAAUACGAAGGCGGAGGGACCAUGUUCACCUACAAGCGUCCAAAUGAGAUUUCCAGCACCGCUGGAGAAUCCUUUUUGGCCGAAGGCCCCACUAAUGAGAUCUUGGAUGUCUAUAUGAUACACCAGCAGCCUAAUCCGGGAGUCCACUAUGAGUAUGUCAUCAUGGGGACCAACGCCAUCAGCCCCCAGGUGCCUCCUCACAGGAGACCAGGGGAGCCCUUCAACGGCCAGCUGGUAACGAAUGGGAGGAGCCAGGAGGAGCGAGAAGAGAAAGAGAGGACCGAGGAGAAGGAAGGAGAUGGUGGGGCGCCUGAAGUAUUCACCUCAGGAUCAGCGCAGGCCUUCCCAGUCAGGCAUCCCGAUGGAUUUUCUCCCCAUCAACCGGACGAUUUGGUGCCGGCGGCACCACAGUCCCCACGGCGAAGCCGGGACCACAACUGGAAGCAGCUCGGGACCACAGAAUGCUCAACGAGUUGUGGGAAAGGAUCACAGUUCCCGAUUUUUCGCUGUGUACACAGAAACACCCACGAAGAGGUUCCCGAGAGCUACUGUGACUCCAGCAUGAAGCCGACCCCCGAGGAGGAACCCUGCAACAUCUUCCCUUGCCCAGCCUUCUGGGACAUCGGAGAGUGGUCUGAGUGCAGCAAGACCUGCGGCCUGGGCAUGCAGCAUCGCCAGGUUCUGUGCCGCCAGGUGUAUGCCAACCGCAGCCUGACGGUGCAGCCCUACCGCUGCCAGCACCUGGAGAAGCCCGAGACCACCAGCACCUGCCAGCUCAAGAUCUGCAGCGAGUGGCAGAUCCGGACAGACUGGACCUCGUGCUCAGUGCCCUGUGGGGUGGGACAGAGGACUCGAGACGUGAAGUGUGUGAGCAACAUCGGGGACGUGGUUGAUGAUGAGGAGUGCAACAUGAAGCUGCGGCCCAACGACAUUGAGAAUUGCGACAUGGGGCCCUGCGCGAAGAGCUGGUUCCUCACCGAGUGGGGGGAAAGGUGCUCAGCGGAGUGUGGGGCUGGAGUGCGGACACGCUCAGUGGUGUGCAUGACCAACCACGUCAGCAGCCUGCCCCUGGAGGGCUGUGGGAACAACCGGCCAGCGGAGGCCACCCCGUGUGACAAUGGGCCCUGCACCGGCAAGGUGGAGUGGUUUGCGGGGAGCUGGAGCCAGUGUUCCAUCGAGUGUGGGAGCGGGACCCAACAGAGGGAGGUGAUUUGUGUUAGGAAGAACGUAGACACCUUUGAAGUGUUGGACCCAUAUGAAUGUUCCUUCCUGGAAAGACCCCCCAGCCGGCAGUCAUGUCACCUCAAGCCUUGUGGGGCCAAAUGGUUUAGCACAGAAUGGAGCAUGUGCUCCAAGAGCUGCCAGGGUGGCUUCCGGGUCCGGGAAGUGCGCUGCCUGUCAGAUGACAUGACCCUAAGCAAUCUCUGUGACCCUCAGUUGAAACCAGAAGAGAAAGAAUCUUGUAACCCUCAGGACUGUGUCCCUGAAGUUGAUGAAAACUGCAAGGACAGGUACUACAACUGCAACGUGGUGGUCCAGGCGCGACUGUGUGUCUACAACUACUACAAGACGGCCUGCUGUGCCUCCUGCACGCGUGUGGCCAACAGGCACCCGGGCUUCCUGGGGAGCAGAUAACACGCCCGCCCCGCGGCAGUCGGGCGGUCGGGGAGUCUGUCGGCGGUGGGACUGGCUGGCCGCUGCUCCGCCAGAGGCUUCCAGGCCGCCAGCCAGCGUCAUCACCACCCCACCUUCGGCAAAGCGGACACGUCGUGCCCAGGAGCCAAGCCACGGUUGUCCUUUAGCAUCACCAUAAACUGAUGAUCCCUCCUUGGGAAACCUGGCACCUGGUAAGGUGCCAUCUGAAAACCACGCAGUGGGGGGCGGGGUGCGUGUAGCUCUCAGUCAACUCCCGUGCCAGCACUUUCUAAGUCACUGGAGGGGCGCUGCCUCGUCCAUGGUGCUACUGCCCUUUUCAAUAUCGGGGCCCCUUGGAGAGUCAGAAGAGGCAGCUCCCACCCCGGAGCCCCACCAAGCCUUGCUGAGACGCCUGCUUCCCACUGUUACCUCAGCCUGGCUGUGCCUAUUUUUAUUCUCAAAGACAUUAGGCUUUUUCCUGCCUUAUGACACAAAUAUCUCAUGUCAAUAUAGUGCUUUAUUGUUUCACAGGUGUAUUCACAGGUACUAGAUCAUUAGCGGCCCACGAAGCCCCAGAAUGGAAGCCAGGGAAUGAAUCAUCAUCCCCAUUUUACUGACAAGGAAACUGAGGCUCAAUUUGUGUAACUGACCUGCCAGGUACAUUCACCCGUUCGGUGGCAGAGUUGAGUCCGACCCCUGUCAUCUGACCAUAAAACUCACCCCAAGGCCUGCCCAGAAGCCUUAGGUCUACAGAACAUGGCUUCAUUUCAGACCAAGUGACUGAGAAAUUUCCCCGCUCAGCAAACAAAACCCAGUUUCUGAAUUCUUUCCUCUGGCCAAAGGUCAAGACUGUAUCCACUGCACUCUGUUGUUUCCAAAGUCUGUUUCUGUUUGUCCCUUACCUGACAAAGUCACAGAUCCUCAUUACAGGACCCUGUGCAGGUUUUGUUAAACCCCGUCCUUAACGGAAUUGUCCAUGAGGCAAGAAAGUCAAUGGGGUAGCAAGGUGAUGCCUGAAAUUCUGAGUGCAUUCCCCAGUGAUAUGUGCCCUCCCCCCCGCCCGCAAGGAACUGCACACCAGGGUCCCUUUGGCCACAGAGCCCUUGUUUCCUAUCUCUGGGCUCUGGGCUUUCCCUCCUUUCACAGUCACUUCUGGGAUGUUCACCACACAUCACCCAGUGGAGAGUCUAACCAACGUGUCUCAGCAUAAAACCUGUGUUUAUAUUAGAAAGAGUCUCCCUUUGGUUUUUCCAGUUUGAUUUCUGGGUUUCUGUUUUGACUUCCCAUCCCUCCCUCCCACUGUGACUCACAACCUAUACGCACCAUCCCAGACUUGAGCACUAAGAUCUGCAUUCAUACAGCAGCCAGGAAGAGUCUCCUUCAGUGGGCUCCUUCAGUGACGGCCGCAGUGGCAGGAUCCUCCCCGAUGCCCUUCACCUGACUCUGCAGUUCUAGAGGCCUCGGGCUGCAAGGGAGAUGCAGUGCAUAGAGAAAGGUAAACCACCUGAAAAGCCAAUUAAAAAAAAAAAAAAAUAUAUAUAUAUAUAUAUAUAUGGUUGACCCUUGAACAGUUAGGGAGCUUAGGCUGCCAGCCACCCUCGGUGCAGUCAAAAAUCCUUGUGUAGCCUUUGAUUCCCCAAAAACUCAACUACUAACAGCCUGUCAUUGACUGGAAGCCUUACCCAUGAUGCAAUCAACGCAUAUUUUUACGUGUAUUAUGUAUUAUAUACUAUAUUCUUACAAUAAGGUAAGCUAGAGAAAAGAAAAUGUCAUUUAGAAGAAUCACAAGAGCAGCACCUCUGUGGCUCAGUGGGUUAAGAUUCCAACUUCAGCUCAGGUUGUGAUCUCACAGCUCAUGGGUUCAAGCCCCACAUCGGGCUCUGUGCUGACAGCUCAGAGCCUGCAGCCUGCUUUGGGUUCUGUGUCUCCCUCUCUCUCUGCCCCUCCCCUACUCGUUCUCCCUCUCUCUCUCUCUCUCUCUUUCUCUGUCUCUCUCUCUCUCAAAAUUAAACCCUAAAAAAUGUUUAAAGAAAGAAAAGAAAAAUCACAAGAAAGAAAAAAUACAUUUACAAUACUGUAUGGUAUUUAUCGGAAAGAAAAAUCUCUGUAUAAGCGGACCCAUGCAAUUCAAACCCAUGUUGUUCAAGGGUUUUAUAUUCUUUCACCAAUUAAGAAAAACUUCAGGCUUAAACAAACCGUAAUCUUAUAGAAAAUCUGUCUUAUUUAGUACCGUGGUCCUGGGCUUAUUUCCCUUUCAAAGCAAACCUGGAUUCUCAGUAACUGAGUUUCUCCCAUGAGCCCUUUAACCCAAAAAUCUGCUAAUUUGACGGUCACUUAAAGCUUUUGGAAACAGUGUGGCCAGCUCACUCUGUCACACUGUGUUCAGUUGCCACUACCCCUGGGCUUUCAGAAAUUCUGUGUGAUCUUUCGUUGGGUCUUAUUCUCUUCUUGGAGAGCCCAGCCGCCAUUUUGUAAAAGCACACCCAUCUCUCCUCAUCUCCACACAGUGUAACUCGUGCAAUGAGCUGAUGGGCAGAGACCCCGGUUCCCAUGCCCGCCAAGCAGAGCAGGACCAGAGAAGCCAAGCAUUCGGGUGGUUUCUGUCCAGAGCCCUCUCUCUCCCUGUCACCACCUACUUUUGCAUUUUGUCACAAGAGAAGGGUUGCCUUCAUGCAGCUGCUCUCAGACCUUGCGGAACAAGCCCCCGAUUGGAAGGGUCCCUUGGAGGAAGCUUUCUUUACAUGCUGGAGGGUGGAGGGCAAGAUCAGUGGGUCAAAGAGCAGAAAGGCUGAUUUCACUCAAAUUGAGGGGAAACCUUGGAGCCAUCCAGGCUGCCCCGCAGAGGUCUGGACCACCCUACAUGGGCGAUGUGCCGUCCCAACAGGGAUUCCUUCAUCAAGCAAGUCACCACCCCAGGGUGGUCCAACUCUAGAUUCUCAUGACUGGCUGCGUCAAUGCUGGCUUUGUCUCUUUGACAUCUCUUUGGUGUCCUGGGGCCCCCAAACGUUACAUAACAGCUGUGCUAGGGACCGUGAUCUUCCUGUGAGAAUGGCCAUCCUGCCUCUGGCGGAAUUGAGUAGGCGCAAAUGGGCCCGUCCUUUGUCUUCAGGGAGAAAACGUACCUAAACUAAGCGUCUUUUUUCUUUUCCAACAAAUAGUUGAGCUGUUCUUGGAAUUCAUUUAUCUCUGGAAAGGUUAUAAGUUCCUAGAACAGGGGGUUCCGCGGCUUAUUUGUCUUUGAAGUCCAGUUUUCGCUCAUUUCCUGGUUUAUUGCAUCAACACCUGAAUGCCUUUGUCCUUGGCACAACACAUAUGAUAAGGUCCCUCAGUGUUUCCAGCGAUAAAGUUCCUGGAGGGGGUCAGAGGAAAGCUCACCUUUUGAUGACUCUCCCCGCAGAUGGGUCUCUUUCUCCCUUUCCUGGCACUCCCUUAUUUCACCCUCCUUCUCCCAUUAUCUGCCGGCUCCUUCUCCGCCCACUCAUGUUCCCUCAACCGGGCACGUGCAGAAUUGAAAGUUCCGUUUUAAUUCUGCUUUUCUUCUUCCUGUGUACUGAAUCGCCUCGUUCCCUGCCCUGACUUUUAAAAUUAGACGAAUCGAAGAUGUUCUAUGUUUUUCUCACAAAAGCCAACACUCUCCAAACAGAAGGAGUUUGCUAUUUUACUUCACUCAUUAGAAAAGGAAAGUGUUUUCCGUGCAGUCCAGGCAAAGGACAUUCAAUGCACUCCAGUCUCCCACCUUCACGCUCAGAUUCCCCCACCCCAGAAUAGCAUGAGAGACACUAAAGAAAGCUUGUCAGCCUGGCCACUAGGUGGAGACAGGAGUCAGCUGAGCACUUUACAGGUGCGUCUGGGCCACUGCCCUCACGCUAGUAAGGAAACCAAGAGAAGUGAGGCUUGUCCCCACCCUCGAGGAGCGACACUGCUGGCAGGAGCUCUCAGGACUGUCCCCAUCUGUCCCUUUUCCCCUUGCCUCUCUGCUCAGGGCUCUUGGAAUGUUGUGACUGCUUCAUUUCCUUGAGUGCAUGUCAUCCGCUUAUCCUCAAAGUCUUUAGCAUUUGACACUUGCCUUUGAAAAGAAUGGCCUUGGGGCACCUGGGUGGUUCAGUUGGUUAAGCGUCCAACUUCUGCUUUGGUCAUGAUCUAGCAGUUGGUGGGUUCGAGCCCCGCAUCGGGCUCUGUGCUGACAGCUCAGAACCUGGAGCCUGCUUCUGAUUCUAUGUCUCCCUCUCUCUCUGCCUCUCCCCUGCUCACACUCUGUCCUCUCUUUCAAUGUUUAAAUAAACAUUAAAAAAAAAACUUUUUUAAAGAACGGCCUUACCAAGGAGGUGAACAAUGGGUGGGAGAUACUAAGUUUAUUCUCAUCAAGUUGUGUGACAGAGAGAGAAAUCCGGAUAGGACUAGUACCUUUCUAAACCAGUGGCUCUCCUUUUUUUUUUUUUUUUUAAUACAGCCAUUUUAGAAUUUGAAUAUUGGUUUUCUAGUGUAGAAGGUAUAAAUAUAAGCGAUAAAAAGAUAGAUGUCUUUCCUUAAAACAGAUUGAAUAAUCAAACCUGAAGGAACCUGUAUCAGUCUGGCAGGUGGAGGCCAACAUCUGACCCUUGCCAUAUCUUUAAAUGGCUUUGAUGGGAAGUUGGACACCUUACUGAUGAAAUUGGUAGAUGACAUGAAAUUGGUGACAGUGACAGGCUCGGGAUCCAAAGAGAUCUGGGAGACUAGAACAAAACCCGGAUCUUAGGAAUUCACGAGGAAGCAGCAUAAGUCUACCUUGGGAUUAAAAAAAAAACAAAACAAAACUAGACUGGGGUGCCUGGGUGGCUCAGUCAGCUCUUGAUUUUGGCUCAGGUUCCAGUCUCUUGGUUCCUGAGUUAGAUCCCCAUGUUAGGCUCGGAUUUUCUCUCUCUCUCCCUCUCUCUCUACCUCUUUCUCUCCCUCUUUCUGAAAAUAAAUGAGUAAACUUUAAAAAA